AUGAAACAAGCAGCUGCAAAGUCAUUCCUGAGGAGGCUUUGUCCGAACAUCGAUAAAGAUGAUGGGUUGGAGACCGUUCUUGAAAUACCAAUACCCGAAGAAAUGUUCACACCCAUGGGAAGCAACGUGACGUUGCGGUGGCAAAACAUGUUAACGUGGAUGAAGGCCCAAACAGAAGACAAAUUGGCAACACCUACAGUUGCAUCACGCUUAAACGAGCUUCGCUUCCUGCUUUACCUCGUUGGAUCCCCUCUUAUCCCUCUUCAGGUCCAAUUAGGCCAUUCCGUCCAUCGUCCAGUCAGAGAUUGUUCCAUUGAAGCAUCAACGGCAAAGUAUAUAGUGCAACAGUAUAUAGCAGCAACGGGAGGACAGCCAGCAUUGAAUGCGGUGGAUAGUAUGUGUGUGAUUGGGCAGAUAAAGAUUAUUGCAUCAGAUUUUCACCACACCGGUGAAAACGUGGAGGUGAAGAAAAGCUCGGAAGAGAUGGGAGGGUUCGUUUUGUGGCAAAAGGAUCCCGAUUUGUGGUGUUUAGAGCUUGUUGUGUCAGGUUGCAAGGUUAUUUGCGGUAGCAAUGGCAAGGUCUCUUGGCGCCAUUCUUCUAACCAACAAACACCAGUUUCAAAAGGUGCUCCUAGACCUCUACGCCGUUUCCUUCAGGGAUUGGAUCCGAGGGCAACGGCUAACUUGUUUUUGGACGCUGCAUGCAUAGGAGAGAAAAUAAUCAAUGAUGAAGAGUGCUUCAUCUUGAAACUGGAAACAAGUCCAGCAAUUCGUGAUUCCCAAAGCGGACCAAACUUUGAGAUUAUCCACCACACCAUAUGGGGCUAUUUUAGCCAGCGAUCUGGUCUCCUAGUUCAGUUUGAAGACUCAAGAUUACUCACAAUGAGAACCAAAGAUGACAAUGACAUUUUUUGGGAAACAAGUUUAGAAUCAGUGAUUGAGGAUUACAGGUACGUAGAUGGGAUAAAUGUGUCACACAGUGGCAAGACUCGAGUUACAGUUUCCAGAUAUGGUGAACAAUCAUCCAACCAUAAAAGAGAAUUGGAAGAGAGAUGGAAGAUCGAAGAGGUAGAUUUUAAUAUAUGGGGUUUGAAUGCUGAAAGCUUUCUACCUCCCUCGAGCUUAGGAAAGACAUAA